CGUAUAUCCAAACCUGGCUGCUUUUACUUCCCAUUACACAGCUCGUCUGCGGAGGAGCUGUAGAGAAGCUGAGGAAUACUAAUAGACUUUGGUGCUGUGUGGAGAAGCUGCAGUGCUUGUAGAGAGCCGCUCUGCCCCGCGGACACGUCUCCGUCAUGUGAUUGUCCUUUUUCUGUCACACUUUAGCUUAGCUUUUUUUUUUUACUUCUAGUUUUUUUUCUGCUUCGUAUAGAGACAAAGUGAACGCUGUGCUUUUGAAACGGUGGAUUCGGUUUGAGAGAUUUUAACGAGCGAGGAAAGGAGUUUGUUACAGAAGAAACACAUCGUGUUGGUGAAAGCUGACACAAACCUGAAUAACCAGCACGACGAUACUGGGACAUUUUAUUUUGUGUGUGUGUGUGUGUGUGUGUGUGUGUGUGUGUGUGUGUGUGUGUGUGUGAGUGUGUGUGUGUGUGUGUGUGUGAGAGUGAGUGUGUGUGUGUGUGUGUGUGUGUUUCUCAGCGAAGACACACCGAAAGCAUUUGGCUCAAGCUCGUUACGUCAAGGCUUUGGCGACAGGCUUGUGGCAGUGAAAGUGCUCGACUUACGGCUUGGUUUUAGGACGAAAAACCUCUGAGACGACACGAGAUUGGUUUCCGCCUUAUGUACAAGCGUUAUAGACUGUAUUUAAUACGUGACAGGGCUGGAUAACGCUAUAAAGCCACGCUUCUGUUAUGUCGACUCUACGGAAAGAAAAAUAAUGACUAGAAACGCUGUUCUAGCUCAAACGAGGUCUCAGAGGCAACCUCUAACAAUGGGAUUUCUGGAGUACUGAAGAGAUUCUGACAAAAGGCAAGGGAAGAGAGAAAGCAGCGAGAACAAAAGAAGAGGCUUGCCUGGGAGCUGGGGGCGCUUCUGAAAAAACAAGAAAAGGAUCCGUUCUUUGGGCCUCACUAGGGGGUGUGCAUGCUGCCCCCUCAACUGGACAUUCUUCUUUGUGCCAGAGCGAGACAACAAAAGCAAGUAUGCGCAAUAAACUGAGCAGGUUUUGGGAUGCAGGCUGCUGGCGCAUGCUGAGGCUGGGGAGCAGGACUAUAGCGCUGCUCUUGCUGACAGUCAUGCUGCUGGCAGAAGCUCAGGCUUCAUCACCCCAGGGAACCUUGGAGGUACUGGGGGACAUGGCACAGCUGGAGGCCUCCAUGCACUCGGCAGUGCUCUCUGACCUCCAGGAGGCGAGAGCAGUAGUGUCGGCAGCGGAGCAACCAAGUGGCUUCCACGAUUCCUCUGCAGUAGUGGGAAGGAUGUUCCAGAUGCAUAUCCCCACGAAAGCCAGAGAUUCUGGGAGCACAGUUACGAUUGCAGAGGCAGGCAAAGAUGCAUUACCAUCAUGGUUGCAUUGGGAACCAGUGAGUAGCACCCUUCAAGGACUUCCUUUGGAGGUAGACAAGGGCGUCCACUAUAUAUCUGUGUCUAUUGCUAAUGCAAACCAUGUGUCCCAGAGUCCAGAUGUAUUUUCCAUUGAGGUUCAUCCAGAGGAACAUGCUGACACAGACCCAGUUCAGUUAGCAAUUCAGUUAACUAACAGCGAUUCUCAGCAUUUUGUCUGUGGCAAUGAAGAGCCUGUUACUGUUCUGACAGUAAUUUUGGAUGCAGACCUCACUAAGAUGAGCUCCAAACAGAGAGUAGAGCUUUUGGCCAGCAUGAAAAAAUUCUCGGGAGUAGGGCUUCAACAUAUGAAGGUUUUGCCUGUUGUUAACAAUCGCUUAUUUGAUAUGUCUGCGUUUAUGGCUGGGCCAGGAAAUGCCAAAAAAGUUGUAGAAAAUGGUGCUUUAUUGUCCUGGAAACUUGGCUGUGCCCUGGAUCAAAGCAACAUUCCCAACAUCAGCAGUGUUCAAGUUCCAGCAAAGGAAGGGACAAUGUCGGCACAUUUGGGAUAUCCAGUGGUGGGAUGGUACAUUGCUAACAAAAAGCCACAUGUACCUAAACGAGUACGGCGACAGCUUAAUACCCCCACCCCUGUGCCCUCUUUGCUUCCUCCGACAACAUACGCUGCGCCAUCGAGCCGCAUUGUGCCCACACCUACAUCCCGGGAAAUUGGACCAACCUCGGGCAGCUCAUCACCACCUGUGUGGGGCCCUGUACCACUGCCUAUGAAACCUACUACUACUAUUCGUACCAGAGAUCCAAUUGCUCAUACUCCCACAAUAGGACCCCCUCAGCCCACAAAAAUUAUGGAUACUACCAGCACUAUUACAAUCCAGCCUACCAUGACCAGGCCAGUGUAUGUUGGACCUUCUGUAACACCAACCACCAAGAAACCAACAAGAAGGCCCAAGAAGCCCAAGACCACCCCAGUCCCGAAGGAACCGAAGACAACCACUGCCAAGCCACCUCGCAGUACCACCUCCUCGGUUUUACAUGAUGGCAAUACAAAACCAGAGCUGCGUAACCCAAUUGAUCAAGUUAAGUCAUACAUUGGUACAUACUUUGAGGUGAAAAUCCCAUCUGACACAUUCUUUGACCGAGAGGAUGGAACAACAGACAAGUUAAGAUUAACUCUGAGGAAGAAUGCUGAUGUUGUUGGAGAAGACUCCUGGAUUCAGUUCAACAGCACUAGCCAGUUGCUUUAUGGAUUACCAGACUGGCAGCAUGAGGGCAAACAUGAAUACUUUAUGCAAGCAGCUGACAAAGGUGGUCUUUUCGCAACAGAUGCCUUUGAGGUCCGUGUCAGUCGUUUUGGAAAUAAUGUUAAGCCCCCAGUCCUGUUUGCUGCUCGAUUCCAAGGGGAUCCUCGUUCAGUUACCAACGAUAUCCAUAAGAAGAUCCUUCUUGUCAAGAAAGUGGCCUAUUCAUUUGGUGAUCGCAAUUCUAGUUCAAUUACACUGAAAAACAUUACUAAGGGAUCCAUUGUAAUCGAAUGGACCAACAGCAGCCUCCAACAAAACCCAUGCCCCAAGGAGCAAAUUCAGGCCAUGAGCCGAAGGAUCUCUGAUGCAGAAGGCAAACCUUCGUCGAUAUUCCACAAUGCCAUGGAGCCAGACUUCAAACCCAUUAACAUCACUAUCAAAGGAACAGGUAGCUGCCGCAACUACAUGUUUGUUCCACCAGCUGAGAUCCCAGACCCCAUUCCAUCUGCUGUUACACCAGCUGUUGGAGCAGGUCGACAGAGCAAUGACGAUGUAUAUCUUCAUACAGUCAUACCAGCUGUGGUGGUUGCAGCGAUCCUGUUGAUUGCAGGCAUCAUUGCUAUGAUUUGCUAUCGCAAGAAGCGCAAGGGGAAGCUCACCAUUGAAGACCAAGCAACCUUCAUUAAAAAGGGGGUUCCCAUCAUUUUUGCAGAUGAACUUGAUGACUCUAAGCCACCUCCAUCUUCUAGCAUGCCUCUAAUUCUUCAAGAGGAAAAACCUCCUCUCCCACCUCCUGAGUAUCCCAAUAUGGCGAGUCCAGAGACCACACCUCUGAACCAAGACAUUUUGGGAGAGUAUUCAGGCCUACAAGAUGACGACCCCAAUGCACCUCCUUACCAGCCUCCACCCCCUUUCUCUGUUCCCAUGGAAGGUAAAGGGUCCCGCCCUAAGAAUAUGACCCCAUACAGAUCACCACCUCCAUAUGUGCCACCCUAAUGUUUAUAGAUCCCUCCAGUGUGGAGGACAGGGAACAUGUGCAGUUCCAAAACCAGUGUUGUCUCUGCAUUUUUGGAAAUCGGAGGGGCAUUACAAAUACGAGACAUUGGAUCGGGCGGGUUGGGAUGAUUUUGAUAAAACUGGACUUUUUUUUUUCUUUCCUUCUCUCUCUCUCUCUCUCUCUCUCUCUCUCUCUCUCUCUCUCUCUCUCUCUCACUCUCUCACACCCCAUUGGAGUGGUGAUGUUGGGGGUAUAAUUAUAUAAUCCUCAGAGACAGUACCAACAACCUCAGCCUCUGGCUGUAUGGCUACUGCUGAACAGUUGGGAAAUGCACCCUCCGAUCCUAGCGCUUUUGUGUCUAGAUGGGCUUUUUUUUUUUUUUUUCGUUUGUUUGUUUUACCAUUUGUAUUUCUUUUUGACUUAUUUCAAAAUCAAACUACUUGCCUAACAGCACUCUUUUUAUCUUCUGAACUCUUUGAAUAAUGCAUAAAGACAAUAAGAAAAAGUGACUGCUGGUGCAAGUGUUUCAUAGUGACAUUCUACAAUUAAGGAAAAAAACUUGACCUAGAGGUGCAGUUGUGCAGACAAUUAUGGGCUUGUUUGAUUCAAUAAGGUUUGCCUUUUAACAUUAAUUGUACUGUUUUUACCCUUAUUCACAUGUCUAUUAAAGAGGAGCAUAAUAAGAGGUAGCCAAAAACCUUCAGAGGGAUAGAACCUUUUGUUUAAUCCACUGUAAAUUUGAGGGUUGGUAGAUUAUUAUUAUUAUUAUAAUUUUUUUUUUUAAUUCUUUUUCUAUGUUUUUUUCUUUUUGUUUGUGCGUGUCAAACAACACUAAAAAAAACUUUUCGUAUCCCUACGUAAUGGAAACGAGUUAUGCUGUGGAUGUUUUGGAUAAAUGUUUGAGGAUGUGUUUCUGUCCCUAUAGAGAUUCAUGCCAGACCUAGACAUGGAGAUAUCGUGCCAUUUCUAAUUUUGAGCUUUUUCUUUUGUCUUCUUUCUUUUUUUUUUAAUUGCUCGCAAUUCUGGCAUUACUGGGUUUUAUGUCCGUUUCGGUUUGUAGUAAGGAAACAUGGCAUGAUGUAGCUGCUGUCCUUUCAAGGAACCCUAAAUGGGGUAGAGUUGGAAUACCUACAUGUCACAGCAGGCAUUCACUACUCCUCUCCCCAUUUAGUGCUGACAUGGUUUUGAUUAAAUGAUUUGGAAGACUUGCAGUCUAGCUUCACUUUUCAAAUGAUUUGAUCCUGUUUCAUGGUUUUUCUUUGUAAAUUUUUUUUUUAAUCUUUUUUUUUUUUUUUUUUUUUUUUUUAACUUUUCAAUAAUGAUUAUCGAGUGUAUGCCUUGACUCAAAAUAACUGAAAAUAAAGACUGAAUAUUUUAAUAAAGAAUCAUUCUCUAAACAAUGGCAUCAUUUAUUAAAUGUAACCACGAUUACACAAUGAUUGCAGUAGAAUGUCAGUUGUUUUUGCCUUGGCAGCAAUGCAGCAAGUGUCUCCUGUAAAUAGUCCUGUGGAUAUAACUGUGUUUAUAGACCAGAAGUGUGUACAUCUUAAUAUGGCAGGGGAAAAAUAAAGUAUCUCGAGGUUUGUUCUGGAUAAGGGGUAAGUAUAUCAUCAAAUUACUAAAAUAUCUGUAGAGGUUUUAAAAACCCAGGAAAAAAUACUUUUUCUUUAUUAACUUCAUCAUCAGAAUAUAUACAUCUAUUUUUUUAAAGUUUUUGAUACAGGCAGUUUUAUUAAGAACAGUAUGUAUUAGAUUUUGUAACCAUCUGUUCAGACGUCGCAGGGCGGUAUAGAUUUACAUAUUAAAAACCUCUUGAUUGUAUAGAUAUGUAGCCUGCUUUUAUUUUUAUUGCCGUGUUCUUCUUUUCACGUUAACAUCUUGUGCUUCCAUAUGCUUUCAGUUUGUUUCUGCAUUUUGUGAACGAUCAUUUAAGCACAUUAGCUGGUCAGUGUGUUCUUUAUGCUUAAGAUUUACCAGCAUGACUGAACUAUGGGAUUUGUUUCUAGUUUUCAUGUUUGCUUUUAUAACUGGUUUGAUUGAUUUAGAACUGAUUGCAAUUUCUAUAUAUACCGUUUGGUCAUAUUUAAGAGAUUUGAACACAUUUAUGAUUUUAGUACAGUUUUGACACAGGAAAAUGCUAAUUAAUCCAAUAACCUUUUAAACAUUUGAUCAGAAACGUGUGUAUUGUGGUGGGCUUUUUUGCAUGGUUUAAUUCUUAACAUUAAACUGGUUUAAAGCUUUUAGAUGAUCGAUGG